UGUAGGAACACCACUUGCCGUCGUAGAAGCAGCGGCAGCCACAAUAUUCAAUAACACCGAGCGACACGAACCUUGUUCUGAGUUGUUUCGUGCGGUCGUAUUUGUUGCAGCAAGUAAUUGUACCAGUAUCGAGUACUCGAAUUGAGUUCAUCUGGCCAGCCACAGCUGACGACAUGGCAAACGCUGUCGGCCCCAACUCCAGCUGUUGUUCGCACCCAUCUGGCAAGUGAAAGCUGCAUCCGAACUUUACUGCACCGUAUUAGCGUUUGACUAUAAACUGUGUGAUUGCAACUCGGGAGCUGUAUGAGUGAGUUUAUCUACGUGAAAGUGCGUCCAGCGGCCAGCCCGAUGUGGCGCGCAUGCAUCGCGGUGCACUGUUGCCUGCGAUGGGAGGGCUGCCCCGCCGUGUGCCCCCUUCGCCCGGUAUCGCUUUGCUCGUGACGCCUCCGCCACAAAUUGGCCCGCCAAAUGGCAACACAUCCUAUUCUGGCUCGACCAGCAGUGGCACCGGGACCAGCGGCGGAGGAGCGAGCGGUACAAAAAAGCAGCAGGGCAAUCAAGGGGCACAAGGUGCGGCUGGAGGCGCCAACCACAAAUGCUCUCGGUGCAAGGCGCGGCCCAAAUCCGGAUCCGGCAGCAGUUUGUGCAUACGAUGCAAACUGCAGCGCGAGUACUGUUCGCCGAGGGGAGGCUUUGCUGGACCCAAGAAAAAGGUCCCAAUGACAGCGCUGCCAAUGACGCCUUUGUCGUCAACGGCACCAGCUUUGUCGCCGACUAUGGAAUCACGAAACGAUAUAUUGCAACUGACGCCGCCAACAUCGCAACAGCUUACUCCAACUCCGAAUACACCCAGUGGGAUUUCACCGUCUACUGGGAUGCAUCUCGGACAGGCACCUACAUUGUCGCAGAAAACGGAAAUUAAUAACGUCGUAAGUCCACCGUUGGACGUGAAACCGUUGAUCAUUCACCUUGAGGUGGCCGGGGACCUCUCAAGGAGCUUGCAGUGGGCCACCUUAGGAGAUCAGGAAGACUUGACAGAAACAACGUGGCCUCAAUGCAUGGAGGAAUUAGAGCGCGAAACAGACGAUUUUAGGCCAGAGUCAUUAAAUCAGGUUUUGUCUGUGAGUGAAACGAGUCCAACGCAUCCAGAACGAGUUGAGCCCUGUCCAGCUAAUGUAGCGCUACCUGCAGAGAUCGUGGGUGCAAUGAGCACCAGCGGCGGGUCUGGUAGAGCUCGACUGGGUCUUGCUCGAUUACCUGCCAUAUUAUCACUACCUGAGGGUCCGCAAAGUCCAUCCGAAUUGACGCGCAAGCAACCUUCCAGAACAUUGCCCCCAGCCAUUGCUUCACAGUCAGUCCACACGAUCAACGGGAUCGGACCCCCUAAUCCAAAGAUGUCGCCGGCGCAGGGCGUAGUGGUGACUUUGAAUAUUCCAGACAGAGAACUUUCGAACGACAUCUCAAACAAGCACUGCACUAAUUCCCUCAGGCAAUCUGUUACUACCACGACCGGAACAGAUUGCGUUAUAGGUGACACUCACCAAAUCUCACUAACGGCAACCUCUCCGAAUCAACAAAUAUACGUCCCGAUGGUUUCGGUGACGACGACAGCAGCAUCUACUACACUAAGUACAGCCUCCUAUGAAACGCCAAUGUCAUUCCAUAAUCACAGCGACGGCGUCCCGUGUCGAGUUGAUGCUGACGUCUGGCGAAGCCACGUAAGGAGAGCGGUUCGCUCCUACACAAUCUAUCUAGAAGAAGCUUUCUCGGCUUUGCUUGAAUCUCCUUCCGAAAGCAAAUGGGUCACGGUGCUUAGCGUCUUUCAAAAAAAGACUGUACUCUCCAAGAUUCUUCAGCGAUUAUCCAUUCUGCAGAGAGCCCUGCUGCCCCCCGAAGAGCACACGUCGUUGCGUCGGGUAUCCCGAAGUGCUGAGCAGCUCUUCAAGGCAAUGAGUCGGUUACGAGGUGAGAUGGCUGCAGCACGAAAUACGGAACAGCGUUUAGGUCACAGCGCCAUUUAUCCAUUAGGCCAAGCAGCAAGUUAUCCCACUUCACCUCUUGUAGGUGACUCCACCAAUAUCAACGAUUAUAGCUCGCUUACGUCCAACGGACUUUGCCCCACUGCCAUCCCUUUGGAUACAACCGGGGACAGUUUCAGCAGUAAUACUUGCGGCAUUCAGCCAGCAACUGCCAGAAGUUCGCAUCUGGACGUUAACUCGUUCAUCUAUCAGUCAGGUAAACAGCAGCAGCAACAGAUGCCGCAAUUAAAAUCGUCACCAAUCGUGAGUAGGAACUCUCCAGUUUACAACGCCGUUCCCGCAACUAGCGCACCAGUUGAUGAAAGCUUUUUUGCAAGUGGCAUUUCACUGCCCGGCACCUUCAUAACAACACAGAAAUCUCUAACGGAGGAAGCCGAUGACGAAAUUUCGAAAAUUCUCGCAAAGCUUAAAAAAGAAGAUCGUUGCACCAUACCACAGGUGAUGACUACGAACAGUUCAUUAUCAUCAACACGGACUGGCUCGUUAUCUCAAGCACAACAGGUGAACACUGCUCCAUCCUAUCCGCUCAUAACGAACGGCUCAACCGUAAUGGGACACAGUUCGUCAAAGAUCGAUGCGCUUCCAUCAUGUACACGAAUUACGUCGGCGUCGUCAGCGGUUCAACAACAGACCGCCACUGAAGUUGGAGUACCUGCUCAAUUGAUGGCAAGACUCUUAUCUCCAGAGUUUUCUUCACAACCAGAAGCAUUUGUAGGUUCGACAACUUCAAACGAUACUCACAGUUCGAUGGGCAGGUAUAACGAAACAUCUGUAAAUCAAACUACUGAAUCACUGAAUCAGACAUAUGCGAACAUCGCAGCUAGGGAAACGAACUCUACUCAACGCCCGUUUGGCCAACAGCAAGCGAGCAACGCUGGAGGCGCUUCAAUAGGAAAUAGGCGGUUAUAUUUUUACGACAUAUCAAGACCUCUCAGUCAAGAUUCGAACCAGCAGUCCUGGGAGCUGGCACAGUCACAGCAGGCCAUGGUCAAGACGGAAAACAGGACCAUGUUUUCUCCAUCGCUGCCAAAGAAACCUCAUGUGGAAAUCUCCCGGAGUGCCGUCCCUAUAGUGGCAGCGCCUCAACUGCGAAGCCUUCUAGCUAGAAAAUCUCCAGCUACGAAUUAUUUAAAGUCGACGCAAAACCAAUGCUUCAUGAACAGCAGAGUGCAGGCGGAUUCUUUGGCAACGCCUUUGACAGUGGACGUUCUCCAGUUAAGCCAACAUCAACGGCUAUAUCUGAGUCCCACCCAGGAGAUAACAGCAUACAACAAUGAAGCGCCGAAGCCUCAAAAAGUGCUGCCAAGUUUACCUGCCUUUAGCUCAUCAUUACAACAGAAGUCACUAUAUCAGCGAGGCUCAGGAGCUUCUGACUACAGCCUCGCAACGCAACUGCAUGAUCAGCAACAACAACAUGGCCAGGUGGAAAAAGUAUUACCUCCGCUAUCCGCAAGUACUCAGGCGGUAGAUCAGGCAUCGAUGGCGAACGUUGAAUUGCCACUUGCUCAACAGUCACGACAGGUGGUCGGUACCAUCCCACCAAAUACAAAUGGCGUUUGCGCAGGUCUUCCCGGGCCGGUAAACGAUACCGCGAUGUCGAAUUGUAGUGCGCUGAACGGACUCGAUCUGUUCGACGCGCAGACUGACGGCUCGCCGCUAACGGGCCCAUCGUCAAUAACAGAAGGGCCUGGAUACCCAUCUUGGCCAGCUGUCCAGUGUUCUGCUCCACUUGGAGAGGCUGUACCUAAUACAAAAGGCUGAGCGCCUUAGAAAGGACCUGCAUUGGCGCUAUAUCGAGCUGCGAUGUUCAGAAUGCUUUGUUGCACACCGCCCACGGAUCACGAUGUGUGCAUCGAGUGUACAGAAGACCGUCAAUCCUAAACGGUGUUGCUGCGACCUUUUGUAAUCGUCCAAGUUGGCAAGGUGGACGAAGUUUUGCAAAGAAGGCUCUUGGAGCCCUCGUUAAAGACAGAUCACGUUCGGAGCUUCGUGUCAUGGCACUUUCAUUCUACAAAGCAGGCAUGCAGAGUUACUCCAUACAAAUAUGUCGUAAGAGCGAUGCAGCUAUUCAUUGAAGCUAGUGUGCGUUCAGGCCAAGUGCAAUGUUGCAACAUUUGUUACGAAUACGUAAAGUUAAUUGGAAGGUCAUUGGGUGGUCGUUUUCUCAAUGGUGUCGCAAGUUAGUGCUAAUUGAACUUGCUCUCGUAGAAGUUAUGGUGUGCGAGACGUAACGCAUUUGGCUGGAAAUGACAUUCUUGUCGACGGGGUAAGCUUCCUCAGUCAUCGAUUCUAACGUUACGCAAAAAAGAACAUUCACUCUAGUAGCAUUCGUACACAUUUACGUUAGCCAUUUAUUAAUAUAUUCAUUUAGCUGGUCGGUCGAUUUGUCAGUAGAAGCUGGAACAAGGCCGGCCCUCGGAUCCGAGUUUAAAGGGACAGGUCUGUUGUAAAUAUUUGAUGAGCGACUCUAUUCUUAAUUCUAUGAUUACGCUCCAUCCACUACUGGUAUAUAAUCAAUAUUCAUAUUAUGUUAUUAUUAUAUUAUUCAGAUCGGAUACAACAUAUUCGUAACUUUAUUGUGCUUAUCUAGAUAAGUAAGGCUACCGAUCUGGUAUAAAAGCUAUCACGAUUAUUAUUAUGAUUAGUAUCUUUAAUCUCAGAUCGUCCAAAGGCAACUAUCGCUACAACAGUUACCUAAACAGUGGAAAAUGCGGAUUCACGAUUCUUUUGUUUGCCAGCAGCAAGUUUGAAUUAAUUUUUUCGAUAGGUUCACAAUUUAGGAAACGACUCAGAAGUUGAGAUAAAAUCCAAAUUAACCUGUUAUCUACAAAAUACGUAUAAGACGAGAUAGACUACCUUCUUCGCAUAUCCGCUCAGUAGUUGUUGCUCUGAAUUGUUUGGAACGAUCGCGCAAACAUUGGCACCGCCCCUCGUAGUGCCCCAACGUGCCUCGUGUAGUCGUUCGGCGAUGUACAUACCCAGGAGUAUAUAUAUAUACAUACAUACAUGAUUAUAUAUACGUACAUAUAUUAGUUUAUACCUGCGGACGAUUUUACUCAUAUGCAUUAUACAUAAUAUAUACAUGCAGAUCGUGUGAUCUGUGAUCAUCACUUGACCUAGAAUUGACGGCUGGCUAUAGUGUGCCACCUGUGGCAACCGGAGAAAUUCUGCGAGUUUACAAUACUUUCGCUUGCACGCUCGGACAGCUUUCUGCGUUGAUAGAUUUACGCGCCUUGUUUUCGUAAUAUCCUACCUCAUAUUACCGCUAGUUAUUCUCCUGUGUUCCCCGUACGAUAUUUAUCGCAACGCCGUUCUCUUAAUAACCUAACCUACUAUAAAUAAAUUAUUACUACUACUUCCGUUAACAUUACGCAGCUGUUGCUCGCCUUUUUCUAACGUGGUCUCCCAAACUGUUUGUGUCCUAGUUGAGGGAACCUUAACAAUAGCAGCAGUGUCCGACUUUGUUCGUGUUCAAGUACAUCAGGUUUCCAUUGAAACGGGACUUUGUCUCGUUUUAGGAGCAAUAUCGAAGCUUCAAUCGCUCGUUUCGCCUGUCAUCUAUUGUACUUAAAAUGCGGUGUACCUAUAUAUUUGAAAGAUUGUUUGUUGUGGGACGUACCAGGACAAAUUAGAACUAUAAGCGCGGGCUUUAAUCUAUGGUGUGACAUCUCUGUUUAUGUGACUCCAAUACCUAACGGGACAUUCUUGGUUAAUGCUUGAACUUGUCCGAGUUUCAGCUAGUCCGGUGAAUUAGAAGGCGGAGAUGCGGGACUUCAACAAAAAAGUUGCAAUACUCUUCGAUUUCAAGUGCAAACGAAUGCUUGCUUUUACCCCACCUAAUAUAGCAGCAGGAUGAUUGGAACGGCAACAUAGGUAUACGUAAUUGUAAUGAUGGUUAUGUCCUUUCUAACCCAGUCCAGUUAAUGACACUAUGUCCGAGCAACUAGUCACAAUGCGAGUUUUUCAAGGGAAAAAAUCGAAAUGUUGUUGUUGUUAUUUUAACGUUCGUGGAUAGCUAGCCAUAGCGACGAUUUUAUGUUAUUACUUUUGCACGAUCUGGUGUAUCGCAACGCUAUUCCUGGCAGCUUCCGUGCUUUGUCGCAUUGUACUAUGCAUGUAGCUUGGUAAAUUUUCUGUUUCAAUUAUCCACUGGUUUCGUCGCGCGUGAGAUCGGCAUGGCACUUGCCUUCACGUUUCAGGCUGCUCAGUCACCUCGCCUAUUGACGGCCUGUCGAACUCGGUCUGCCGUAGCGGCAGACAAUGACGCUAUCGCUCCACUAUAGAAACGGUUGCUGAAGGCGGUUAUCGAUAUGGCGUUCUUGCGCAAUGAAAGAGCGUAAGCCUUUUGUAGAAGAAGUGAGAUUGAAUGGCUGGAGAACAGAGCUCUGUAGCGAAUGCCAUUGCUUAAGAAUUAAUCUGUAUUGCUAGUACUACUGUCGUUUACAUGAAAAACACAAUAAAGUUUGAGCCUAGUCGUAAGUGGAAAAGCGAACCAGAGACGGAUACGGCUUUUAGUGCAGUUGUCUAACACUAUCAGACUCUUCCAUACGUGUCCUUUCUCCAUAGUACGAUUGCCUGCAAGUCAAUAUUGACAGCAGAGAAGGUCUUUCAUCGACAUCGAACAAUUAGAGCAACAAUGAUCAUGUCCUAGUGCAGCUAGUAUUGUGUUGAGAAGGGCAACAAAUAUUUCGGGCACUCUAUGAAUCGAAGAAGUGAUUUUGUCGUUGACACUUUGGAAUGGUUUGCUUAGAGGCUCGGUGUGACGCCGUAAUUCUCCCAGCCAUUUAUGUGAACUGGAUAUCAGUUAUCUAUUGAACCACGGCCUGUUAUUUGGACUAGAGAUAUUGAAAUUUUUAAUAUGCAAGCGUAUUUCAAUGUGCUCAGUAAUGAUCUCCUUCAUAAAAGGCUCAUAUGGGAAAUAAAUUUUUCUAGCAAUGCUCGUCUUCUUUGGCUGGAUGAAAAAUUUUAGCGGAACCUGCUAUGAUUUUUUACAUUUAGCCUCAGCACGAUCUUCUGUUGUGCAUCAUUAUAUAGUUUCGUGUACGAACAAGCGACAAUUAAUUUUGAAUCAGUUAGGGCAAUGCGUGUAUCGUGAUCGCCAGUAAUAUCAGAUGGAUGGUUCUUUGAGCAUUGUGCUCACUUGCCCCCCAUAUCCCUGACGUCAGAACUGCUGCUGAACGCUCAUAACCAUCGUCGACAUGUUGACGUUGGGAUUUGACCCAAUGCAAAACGUCUGUGCAUCCUGUACAAAACUCCAACUGCUACAUUCAGCUGCAGCAGUUAAUUUAAUUCGAUAGGCGAAUGGCUCGUGAACGUAAGCCAGGAGCGAAACGAAGCUGGCUGGUCGCGAGUGGUUCUAUGCCGGUGUCCUGUUAUGCAUUGGCCGACCGGUUUGUGGUCUACCAGUUGUCCCUAUACAGUACACUAAAUAAUCCACGCUACACACCAUAUAUAGACUGACGCUUCAAACUCAUUGAGAGCUACGAGCUCUCGAUUGAAAAUGGCUGCUGGAUCCUCGCGUACGGAUGCAUGAUCCCUCGGUUACAAAUCAACAACUGGAAACGAACGGAAGAACGGCUUUUCGGGAAAGUAGUCCGAAAGGAUGAACACGAUUAGACGUACAACAGUUAGGCGAGAACGUACGAAUGUCCGAAUAACGUAAGCUUAACUACGGGAGACAGACUUCAAGCAACGCUAUACGUUUGCUGCGCUUCUUUCUCUCUCUUCAAUGAUGUGAACAGCAAAUGUCAUCGUUAAUCAAUGCUCGUCCCAAACCGCCAACGUAAUAAUAUCUAUAUGUUAUAUGUGGGGCGGGUCAGCAACGUGUUCUGUGUUCUUGCUAAUAAGUAGGCGUGCGUAUCCGCGGGAGUACAUGCAUUUAUGAACACGGCUGAUGGCGACUCAGUCAGGGCUACUUACGGACCUUUCAUGAGGCGGCAGCGAACACGAGCAGACCUUUUGUCCUCUUUAUGUUAUUUAUGUUUGUAGCAUUUGUGUUCUUUGUAGCACAAGCGUGUGAAUGCCUUUUUAUGUUGCCCCAAUCGGCGCGAAUUCUGCAUUAUUCCCCUGUUGUUAUUAUUCUAGGUCUUGUUGUCCCAAUUAUUUUUGGCUACAGGCGUACUGGGUGAACAGAAAGGAAUAGUGAAGUCGCCAAACGAAGCGAUGGGCCAAUACUUUAAUCGGCAACGAUCUUGUAAAGCAAAAAAGAGUAAAAGCCUUGCUUCUUUGGUCGGUUGAUCGCGCUUAUACGACAAACAACGUCGGAUGCCUAUUUCAAUUAACGACUGUUCCGACAUCAUUUGCAGAAUGCACACGUCAUCUUCCUUUGCCAUAAAGUCUCAGAUGUACUGUUUUCCGUCUGAGUGGAACCUUUCGUUGUUGUGUAGCAAUAUCGUGUCGUAUGGUGAAGCUGAGCUAGACUUUUGCUCUCAAUUGUUAUUGGUCUCAAAUGAAGUAGUCAUAAUUAUUUAGGUACACCCUUCAAAUGUUCCAAUGGUCACUGACAUCAUGUUGAUUGUUACUAUUUAUUUGAUUCAAUUAUGUUUUCAGUUCAUUAGUCUGUAUCGUUUAUUUCUUCUCCUUUUGUUUUUUAUUCCAGUUGUGUCUUUUUUAGCCAUACCGUUGCAUGUGUGCUCUGUGCAAUAGUGGGGGCAAGAUCAUGGAUCUAACCACGUAGCGUAUGUUAUUAGUUGUUCGAAUUUGUGAACACCGUGUUUACUCAUGCAGUAAUGAAUAAUUUCUCACAGUUGUCCUUUGAUUGUGCUCACCAAUAACCCCUAAAUGUGGUAGAUGCGGCAUUUAGCGUUUUGUAGCUAGAAAUUCGAGUCUGCAGCUAAGCUGUAAGGUCGAAAGUGAUUUGUCUCGCUUAUUUUAGAUGCGUUUGUUUGGCAUGCGCAGCUAAGCAAUGCUUACAGCCGUUCUCUGGGAGUUAGCCUCGAAAUCUUAGCGGUCACAGUAAUUGCUGCACCGUGCGAUUUACACUUUUGUUUUUUUUCUUUACUGUGACGCCACGUUUUUUUGUUUGGAUUUCCUAGUACAAUCCCAUUUAUGCUUUAUGAAAUCGCAGACUGAUGACCCAGUUGGCUGUGGAUCAAUAAGACGUUCUACGUUCUAAUGGUCUAACUAACAUAACGGUCAUUUUCAUCAUCAUCGCUAACUCCAUGUACCUGCAAGUGUCGGACGCAUGCGAUUGUAUUCAUUUAUACUUUAACAUACACGUAAAAACAUAAAUAACCCUAUAUUUAUCAUAACAAGUAUCGUCUAUCAUAUUCUAGAAUAUGUGAAACGCAAAAAUAUUUUACAGUGGAACAUAUCCGUCUAUGAACAGGUAUCAUGAAAUACAAUUUGAACAAAAAAAUUAUAGAAAAUCCGAGGAAAUAGGUCGAUGAAACGUAGUGAAGAUGAAACGAAUGAGGUUUACAUUUAUUUGGAUACCUAGGUCUGUGAUGGGGGCGACGUUUGAAGACGAGAUGCGUAGGAAAGCUCAAAUUAUAGUCAAAACUAUUUGUUUAUUCUACGGCCGCUACUAGAUAGAAGAUAAAUGGGAGAUUAUCAACGGAGAUACAAAUUGUUCGGAAAAGCUCUGAUUGACUUAGAAGCAUUUUAUAAAUGAGUGCAUGAUUUGUUUCAUCGAACUAGCAAUAACUUCGGUUUUUGUGCCAAUAUAAUGAGCGUCGUUUAUUCUAUAAAUAUAAUCUCAAGCUAUUACCGGAUCAUUAUCGUUACCUCAAUAUAUGCCCUAUUUGUAUGAUGUUUAUUACCAAUAUUGGGAAGGCUGUAUAUUUUUUUAUGAUUUAUAGCAUUUAUUUUUCUCGUACAAUACGCGGCUAUAUAUACAUCAUGGUCAUUGCUCUGUCACAAAAUUACUCACACAAUUAACGCUAGUGUCACAAUACAUAUAUAUAUAUAUAUAUAUAUAUAUAUAUAUUCGGCCGAUUAUCUAUAUGAUAUUUACUCAGCAUUUACACAUAUAAAUAUACGCAUGUUGCUUUUUUGCCAUACUUUGGCCUUAUUAUUAGUUAUAUUUUUAUUAAUACUAUUAUUAUUAUUAUUGUUGUUAUGAUGCAGAAGAAAGCCUCAAAACUUUUGCAUUGUAAAUACAGAAGGAAUAAAAGAUAUAUAAUAUAUAUGCAUACACGUUGAUUGGAACAAACAAAUGGCUCCUACAAGCAAGAAAUAGCACGAAAUACACGUAGAGAUAUACAAUAAACAUUUUGUCAACAAACGAUUUAAGAGGCUAACGAGUUCAUGGUUGUUCCCCCGUUGUUAACAGCUGAUGAGCUAUUCAGUGGAAAAAAUUGUGAUACGGUCUUUGAUGAUCCUAAAUAAACUGGAAAUAAUAGAUAAUAAUUAAUUAUAGAAGAAGUGGUAUCGAGUCAAACUAGGAAAAGUAAUUGACUGACUAAUGUUUGCAGAGAUCGACUCCAUCGAGUCAAAAAUGUUGAAAAAGACUGAAAACUAAAACAAACCUAAUCUACCGCAGACCAGUGAUUUUUUCUGUACUUCUCCGAGCUCAGUUGUGUAAAAAUGCGAAAUAGCUAACCUAUUUUCCCCAUUAAUAAAAUAUAUGUGUAGCGUACUUUACAAAAACGCCAGUGUCCAACUGUUCGAAGUGGAGCAAAGCUCAUAAUAUCGAGGCGAUCGUUAAUUAGCGUCGACGACGCGUGUUUUGCUAGGUGUGUCAAUCGCUCGUAGAAACAAAUUGGGAAACAACCACUAUUGUAAAUGACAUGGCAUGGCAUGGCAUGGCAUACAGUCGUCCAUAGGCCGGAAAGUUAUAGUUGAGUAUUGUUUGCAUCAGAAACACACCCAUAUCCAAUAGACAGAAUUGUCUAAUACACAUAUGUUAUUAUGGGUUUCCACUCAAUACGUGCAGAUCGAUAUGCUCAGAUAUGGACAGCCCGUGUUACUGCUUCCUAUAUGACCCAGUUCGAAUGAGUUGAAAAUUUGCCGAAUGUAGUGAACAGCAGUCUGCGUUCAUUGAUCCAUUUGUGUACUAUGCUAUUUCUUCUAAUUCUGACCACCUGUCGAUCAGAUUCUAAGGGAGAUGCGUUCUAAAGCGCGACUAUAUAAUCAAGACGGGGUUUACUCGAUUUUGGCGCCGUGUCGUACGUGUUGCGCACAGCUUACAACGGCAGAGAAAAGCAGGGUUAGCAAUGGCAAUUAAAAUAACUAACAAUGGCAACAUUGUUGGUUAGUUUUUAAAAAUUUUAUUUACUCUUAUUGCCGAACCUAGCGUGCGUAUUUUUCAGAGCGGACUUUUGGAUUGACGCAACGGUUCGAACGUUUCGAUGUAUUACAACGACAAAAUAAAAACACAGUUUAAAACUUGCGAAAAAACCAUGUAAUCGCUCAACCGCAACUGCUAAGGAGGUCCUGCGUUCAUAUAUUUCUGGUAUGUAGUGCAAUCAACUGGCUCGCGGAAAAAACGUGAUCAUUUACGCAGGUACAUAAACACACAAGGAUUAUAGUGGUUUACAAUAACAGUGUGCCGCUUGAUUACAGCUAUAUAUAGACACAUAAAUGACAAUUAUGGACCGGAUAACCGAACGAUGAAUGCGAAAAAUAUUGGAACAAUGGCUGAUGAAUUAAUACGACCGCUGUUUAGAUGUCUUCAGCAAGAUUAUAAGAAAACAACGAAAGUAAGAAGAGUGCAUGUUGUUGUGCGUUGAUGAGAAUGCAUAGUUUAUACACAGAAUAAAAAUGACAGCGCGAUGAAGAAUGGACGUAAGUGUUUUUAUUACAAGUGGUGAUUUUUUUUAACUAGCUAUUACGCCUCAUCACUCCACCUUUCGGCAUCAUCUUCGACCCCCAGUAAUACAACAAUUUUUGAUUGACUAUUAUUGCUGUUGAAGUAACCUGGCAGGGGUCACUGUGAGCACCAUAUUUCGUCUUUUUUGCUCAUAUACAUAUACAUAGAGAGCGAGAGAGAGAGAGAGGAAGAGCUUUGCCCGGUAAUUGACGGUUCAUUUAGAUAAUCCGUAAUUAGAUAAUCCGAUCACGAUUAAUAAAUUGAAUUGCCCCCCCGAAUAAAUUCGCUUUGUCCGCUCCGGGUUAACUGUGUUACCCGUCGGAUAUCAAACGGCUGCAUUACAUGUCUUCGGUGAUGUGUUAAGGCAAGCACUGAUCAGACACAAGGCAAACACGCUACCAACGUCACAAUUUGUUUUUUUAUUAUUCAUAAAUCCGAACCGGAAUUCUUUUCGUGCUCGCAUUUAUUUUCGCAUCAUU